AUGGCUACAAACCAACAACAAACGAUCGACGAACAAUUGCGAGUUCUUAAAGAACGCUUUCCACAGGUCGAUGAAAGUAAAUUGGCAUGUCUUUGCCGACGACACAAUGGAAAUAUCGAACAGGUUGCUGCACGUCUCGCUAAACGAGAAUCGCGUAUGAACAAGUUUGAUUCACUUGAAACACGUUUUGGUCCGAAUUUAACAGCAUUACAACAAGAAUGUCCAUCAAUUCAAUCGAUGAAACGUGGUCGUCUAUUAAAAACCAUGGAACGUUAUGGUGGUGAUGUUGAUCAAGUUCGAAAAUUUGCACAAAAAGUUGAAGCACGACAUCAUCGUGAAGGUGAACACGGUUGCGUAUCUCGUCAUCAACAUCGCGAAGAAUUAAAAACAAAAUAUGCGAAGCAAUUGGCAGAAUUAUCGUCUGCUGGAAUCAAUGUUGAUCAACCCUGGACGCUUCGAUUAUUGGAAAAACAACAAGGUGAUGUCAACAAGGUAAUGGAAAUUAUGACACGUCGUGCAGUACGAAAGGAGAAAUUUGCUGGACUCGAUGAGAAAUAUGCUGUGCAAAUUGCUCAGCUGAAAGCCGACGGUGUUCAAGUCAAGAAUGACAAGGUUCUGGCACGUUUAUUAGAACGAUCGAAUGGACAAACAGAUCUCGUCAAGCAGCUGAUCGCCGAACGACAAGAAAAACAUUCCAAACGAAAGGAAUAUCGGCGUAAACAUCGAAGUCAUUCACCUAUGAUAACAACAACAACAGCAGCAGCAGCAGCAGGAGAACAAGAAGAAGGUCAUCAUACACGCUCACAGUGGAGAAAACACCAUGACAUCAGUGAUGAAGAUCUUGGUACAGUCAAAAAUCUUCGUGCAGCCGGUCUACAUGGUAAUCCACGAAAAUUAUUAGCUAUUUUCCACGAAUGUGGUGGAUCAAUCGAAUUGAUGCAAGCUCGAAUGACCGAAGAACGCGAUAAACGUAGUCGCGAACGAAAAGAACGAACACACAAACGAACUGUCCUAGCAGAAGUUCAAAGUGCUUACAUUGAAAUCAAUAAUCGAGAAAGUUGGCCACGCAACAUUGAACAUGUCUAUUUGGAUGGAAAUAACAUGAUGUUCGUGGUUAACUCUCUUCGUCGUUUAUGCUUGAAUCGAGCCGGCCGACGAACCGAACGUGCCAUGGCUGAAAUUGCAGCUGCCUGGAAUGAACAAAUGCACAUACCGAAUAUUGAUUUAGUUUUUGAUUCUACACAUCAGUUAGAUCAAGUCGGAACAGUGAAAGUAUCCAGUGCGCAACCGAGAUAUCGCACCACCGAUGAUAUGCUAGUCGAAAUUGCUCGUCGACCUGAAAAUCGCGAGAAAAACAAACGUACAAUCAUGGUAACAUCCGAUCGAGCUCUAGCUGCUCUCCUACAACGUGAAGGAUGUUUACUUGUUAAACCAUAUAAUUGGUUUGCUCAUUGUGUUAUGGUUUUAACACCUGAUUUAAUAAAUUAUGAAGAAAUAACAGGCAUGAUGACAACCGAAUCAUCACCGACAACAGUGAAAAUUCGUUACAAUUUCGAUGAACUUGUUCAUCGCAUUGCCAACAUCGAUUUAUAA